GUUGAAUCAUUUCAAGGUCGGCCCUCACCUUUGGUUCAAGUGAUUCGCAAAACAUCUCUUCAGGAGAUUGUCUUCCGAACUCGUGUCCAGGAAUAUCUGCACGAGGCAUCCGUCUCCUGCUUCCUGUGAGUUCCCUCUACUCAAGCAUGGCCGACCGAUCAAGCAGUUUGCUGAAGAGAUCUCACCCCGAAGCCGACGACGAUGCCCAGAAACGCGCCCGAUCCAAUGAUGGAUCCCCCCGCCCUACAACCCCUGGCCAGGGCAAGGCGCCGCUUCCCAAGCAAGACGUGAGCCAGAUGUUGGCUGCGGCCAAGGCACGCGCAGCAGAAUUGAAGGCGAAAAUGGCUGGCUCAAAGACUUUGACAGCCCCCUCGCAGCAGACCUCUUCCUCGACGCCAUCUACGAGCAGCCUGACUAGCGACAAGAUUGCGGCCAUGAGGGCUCGAGUCGCUGCCGCCACCAGUCGUGCCAAUGCCCAAAGGCCAUCUUCUGCGGCUACAUAUACUCCUCCAGUCCAUAAUGACGACAUGUCUAAGGCACGAGGUGGAUUGGAUAUCGGUUUACACCCUUCACUACUGGCCGACACGCAGCCAGACAAAGGGCGAACUCCUCAGACAAAAUUUGCUACUGUCAUGGGUAAUCGCCGGGCAGAUUCCCUAGCGACCCAGAAGAAGGCACAACUUGACCUUUCGGGUCCUUCCAUGGAAGAAAUCAAAUCCAACCCAUAUUUCGACGCCAACAUUGGGAGUGCUGUGGCAAAGUCUCGUGCGUCCCGGCCCCUGAUUUUCAAUGAAAAGGGCAAAUACAUUCAACAAGCUGCGGCACUUCGAAGGCAGGCGCAACUCGAGGCUAUGAAGAAACGCAUUGCCGAACGUGCUCGACUUGCUGGUCUAGAGGAAGAUUUGGACACAGAUAAGGCCUUUAUUGUCCCGGCCCCUCCUGAAAUCGAAUGGUGGGAUGAAGGACUCGUAAAUGGCAGCUCGUACGCUGCCAUUUCCGAUAAGGCGAACCUCAAAAUUGACACACCCGACUCGAUAAUCACCGUCUACAUCCAACAUCCAGUUCUAAUUGAACCUCCCCAGGAAAAACUCGCUCCAGCACCCAAACCCAUGUUUUUGACCAGCAAAGAGCAAGCCAAAUUACGUCGACAACGUCGACAAGCCGACCUCAAGGAGCAACAAGCCAAGGUGCGACUCGGCCUCGAGCCUCCACCGCCGCCUAAAGUCAAAAAGGGAAAUCUCAUGAUGGUGCUCGGUCAAGAAGCCGUGAAAGACCCCACUGCCGUCGAAGCACGUGUCAACCGCGAGAUCGCCGAACGGAAGCAGAAACAUGAGGACACGAACGAAGGCCGCAAGCUAACCAAGGAAGAACGGGCGGAAAAACUAGCUCGACAACGAGCGGACGAUCUCGCCCGCGGCAUCCACGUUCGUGCAUAUAAGAUCAACAGCCUCGCCAACGUGAAACAUCGCUUCCAGAUCUUCAAGAACGCCGAAGACCGCGAAUUGACGGGCGUGUGCAUCACACACCCUAAAUUCAAUUUACUCGUGGUCGAGGGCGGAGAAUACGAUAUUCGACACUAUGACCAUUUGUUGCAGAAGCGGAUUCGGUGGACUGAGAUGGAAGCCCCCCGCUCCGUCGCGGAAGGCAAUCGUGAAGCAUUGACGAAAUGGCUGGAAGCCGAAGAUGAAGAUGGCAAUCUCAAGGACCUGAGUCUGAAUCGAUGUGAAUGUAUUUUCAGCGGCGAGGAGAAGGAACGCACGUUCCGCAAGGUAUUGCGCCAUCCGCGUGCCUGCGAGACUGAUGCGCAGGCUAGAGAUGUUCUCGGUCCAAGAAUGGAGGGAUUUUGGAAUGUGGCCAAGGGCUGGAAGACCGAUGAUUUCUGAAUCACAGACCCUAUAUAUUACACCCUCGUUGCCUCAAACACAGUUUCGUGGACUGCUCCAGAGGAAACCACAGACAGGCUAGAUUAGUCGAUGGGUAGACAGAAAGACAGACACUCAAUCUCAGACUGGCACUAAACAUUGAUUGCACUA